AUGCCACAGUUGGUGAUGAACAAGAUUCUAGAGAAAUUGGAUCUUCCGUCAAUAUUGACCCUCCGGAACGUUUGUCAUGACUUUCGAAAUUUCAUAGAUUCAAUCCAUCUAGAUUGUGAUCUUACUCGUUUGGAAAUAUCCCUGGGACCUGAUAAGAUAUACAUCACAUACAAUACACCAUACAAGCAGUGGGUAGUCAGUUACACUAAUUUGUAUUCAAAAGGAUGUCUUGUGGCAAGAGAAGAAAUAAGAAAUCGUUCAGUGAAGAGAUUCAAAGAUAACAAUUUUAUUGAGAUGUUCUCGAAAGAUUUCGAAAUAAUUUUGAACAUUUUCGGAACGAAAUUGAAUUUGAAUCGGUUUGAGUUACGAAAGAAGUAUGCUUAUGAGGAAGAUGGUAAGAGAGUUCUGGAACGAUUGGAGACCAUUUUGAAAACGUAUAAGUUAAAAGUGAAAGAUGAAACCAUUGUUGUGACGUCAUUUUUAUCAUGUCUUCAUUCUGAAUCGUCUCAGCAAUAG